CACAAAUCCUGCUUUGACCGAACCUCAAUUAAAAUUGAGCGACCUAAAACGCUUCAGAUUCUGCAAUUAGCUUGAUAAAACAGUUUGGAAGUUAUCUAAACCAGAAAGAAUUACUCUAUAUCAUGUCAGAGCCGGAUAUUAAGACGUUUUCUGGGGCGGACUACGGAGUCCUGGGUGCCAUGCUCGCCUUGUCUCUGGGCAUAGGUUUCUACCAGGCCUGCGCUGGCGGGAAGCAGAAGACGGCUGAGGAAUUCUUGAUGGCCAAUCGUAACAUGCACCCGAUUCCCGUGGCCCUCUCUUUGGUGGCUAGUUUCAUCUCAGCCAUCACCUUCCUCGGAACACCAGCCGAAAACUACGUUCACGGUAUCAUGCAUAGUUGGUUCUGGUUGGCGAGUGUAUUUGCAUCCAUCAUCACUAUGCUUCUAUUCAUGCCGACGUUCUAUCGGUUAGGUAUAACGAGUUCUAAUGAGUACUUAGAGUUACGGUUCAAUCGCUUUGCUCGCUAUCUUGGGAUGGGAAUUUUCUUUCUCUACAUGAUUUUUUACCUUGGUAUUGUUCUAUACGCACCCUCCUUGGCUCUUAAUGCUGUGACAGGAUUAAAUCUAUGGGGAUCGGUUUUCGCUAUCGGUAUUGUCUGCACGCUUUAUACCACAAUAGGAGGGAUGAAAGCUGUUCUUUGGACUGACGUUUUUCAGAUGACAUUGAUGGUAGUCGGUUUCAUCGCCGUCAUCAUCCAGGGCGCCCUCAGAGUUGGUGGGAUAGGCAAUGCUUGGCAGAUUGCUUCAUCGGUCGACGAUAGAAUGAACUUAUGGAUUUUUAGCACUGACGUCACACAACGUCACACGAUAUGGGGGAUUUUGAUUGGUGGAACCUUGUCAUGGACCAGUAUCUUCGGCGUGAAUCAGGCUCAGGUGCAGAGAUACCUCACAUGUGGGUCCAUUGAGAAAGCAAGAAUAGCAAUAUGGAUCGCCAUGUUUGGUAUGAUCUUGGUUCAGGUGCUCCCUCACAUUGUGGGCGUGGUCAUGUAUGCUAAUUACGCUGGGUGUGACCCCAAGAUCCAAGGCGCCAUAGCGAGCUAUGAUCAGUUGAUGCCCUAUUUCAUCAUGGAUCUGUUCGGUUCGAUGCCAGGUUUACCUGGGCUACUCACGUCGGCAGUCUUCAGCGCAGCAUUAAGUACUAUUUCAUCGGGUUUAAAUGCCCUCGCAGCAGUAGCCGGUGAAGAUAUCAUCAAAUCCAUUUGGCCAAACAUGAAGGAUAGUCAGUACACGUGGAUAUCAAAAGGAUUUGCUUUGCUGUUUGGUGUUGUGACCAUUUUCUCUGCACUCCUAGCAUCUGAGAUGGGAGAAAUCCUCCAGAUGGCAAUGAACCUCUUUGGUAUGUGCGGUGGUCCUAUCCUGGCUCUCUUCUCGUGUGGAAUGUUCUUCCCAUGGAUCAACUCAAAGGGGGUCAUAUCAGGGACUCUUCUCGGUCUUGCCUUCGCCUUCUGGGUUGGUAUAGGGGCGCAGAUUUACCCCCAUCCACCCAAAGACCCACCCCUCUCAGCCGACCUUUGCUCUUUGGAAAACUCAACUUUCCUCUCGACAUCGGAGUCGAUGACCACUUUAUUGAACUACGAAGACACAACAACUAUGCUGAUGAUGGAAGAAAUGACGACGUCUGACUCUGGGAUAUCGGAGCCUUCCUCGUUUGAUUUGUAUAAGAUUUCAUACACCUGGUGGGGUAUAUUCUCAUUCAUCGUUUCCGUUAUCUCUGCUCUCAUCAUCAGCAUCUUAACAGGCCCUCAGGAUCCGAGAAAAUUGGACCCCCGUUUGAUAUGUCCAGUGGUCGAUAGAUUGUGUUGCUGCCUGCCUGAGAAAUGGAAGAUACCACUCCGCUGCGGGGUAGGCAAGGACUUUAACGCAGACGAGACGGAAUACGAGUACCAAGCAAUGAGGAAACAGGAUCAAGUAAACCACGGAAAGGAAGGAGGAAUAGAAUUCCAGAAAACGGCAGAAACUUAAUACGAAAAAGAGUAAUAUUCUCAUCAAGUUCACAGUUGUUUUUAUUCGAAAUUCGCAAUUUUAGAUUAUUUGUGGUGAUGCGCUAUGAUAUUGAUGAAAAAGCACUCGACUACCUUUUGCCAAGUUUGCAGAAACGUCCAGGCCAUCACUUUGGCCUUUUAUAUAAUGAGGUGUACGAAAAUUAAACAGAAGACGUGCUACAGGUUUCAGGCGUUCUUUUUUCAUCUAUUACCUCUGUAACUCCCUUCCUUCUUCGCUCCGUUAAACUGACAACAUUGAGCUCAAACCGCCCCUCAAAACUUGCUUAUUUCAGCAGAUGUGUUGUAAUCAGCUUAAUUGGAUUAAUCUGCGCCUAUGAAUGUUUUUAACAGAAAUAUGGCGCAAAAUAAAUUAUGUGGAUCAUCUUCAUCAUCAGGUUCAGAAAGAUAUAUAAUACGGAGGUUUCACAACCGCGACACAGAACGCUUUCAGAAACGUAGAGAAUAUAUUGUCAAAUGCCCUUCAGCAAAAUGAAGACUUUGUCGAGGGUUGUUUAUUCAUUAGUUUAUGAUCUGGAUUUAUUUCCUUUUUAUUACGUAUACACCUACAUGUAUGUUCCUUUGUUUGAUUUUGAAUAUUGCAUAAAGCAAUGAUUUGAAAAAUAUGUGCUGACCAUUUUGAAGGUAAUAUUAAUAACACCGUAUUUGCAUGCGCAGUUAUGGAAGGUGCGAACUAAGGCGCAUCAAGAAUUAAAUGAAUUAUCUUUAACCGGUUUAGAUGAUAUCGGGACAUUUUUGGCCAUUCGCAAUAUAUGUAGUGUACGUGUCGUACGUUACUUUACAAUUUCCUGACAAGUGGAAAAUGGUUCUCACUAUCUUUGAAAAUACGAUUAAGAUGAAAAGUUAUAUGGUCAUAUAUGAAGACAGACAUGUUCCCUCAUUUAUAAUGUACCUUUCCUUGUAUUUCUCUCUAAGUUCUCUUUGCCUUUCUGUUUUGCUCUCUUCUAAGAGCCUCGAGCAUUUGAAGAGUUUAGUUGCAAAAGGGGUUAGGUCCACUCUGGACCAUUCCGAGAAAAACCAUAUUUUUUAUUCUCACUUAUUGCAAUAUUUUAUGAGAAACUAAAUUGUCAUGAUAUACUACCCUAUCAUGUGAACAUAUAAUUGGGUAUAAAAGAAAUCUACCUGUCUUCAUUUUUGUCUCGCCUGCAUAGCAGAGCGAGACUAUAGGCGCCGCUUUUCCGACGGCGACGGCGGCGGCGACGGCGGCGGCGGCGGCGGCGUCAACAUCAAAUCUUAACCUAAGGUUAAGUUUUUGAAAUGACAUCAUAACUUAGAAAGUAUAUGGACCUAGUUCAUGAAACUUGGACAUAAGGUUAAUCAAGUAUUACUAAACAUCCUGCCUGAGUUUCAGGUCACAUGACCAAGGUCAAAGGUCAUUUUGGGUCAAUGAACUUAGACCAUGUUGGGAAAAUUAUUUUCAAAAUCUUAACCGAAGGUUAAGUUUUUGAAAUGACAUCAUAACUUAGAAAGUAUAUGGACCUAGUUCAUGAAACUUGGGCAUAAGGUUAAUCAAGUAUUAGUGAACAUCCUGCUCGAGUUCCAGGUCACGUGACCAAGGUCAAAGGUCAUUUAGGGUCAAUGAACUUUGGUCAAGUUGGGGGUAUUUGUUGAAUUACUAUCAUAAGUUUGAAAAUUUAUGGAUCUAGUCCAUGAAACUUGGACAUAAAGUUAAUCAAGUAUUAGUGAACAUCCUGCCUGAGUUUCAGGUCACAUGACCAAGGUCAAAGGUCAUUUAGGGUCAAUGAACUUUGGCCAAGUUCGGGGUAUUUGUUGAAUUACCAUCAUAACUUUGAAAAUUUAUGGAUUUAGUUCAUGAAACUUGGACAUUAGGUUAAUCAAGUACCACUGAAUAUCAUGUGUGAGUUUCAGGUCACAUGACCUUGGUCAAUGGUCAUUUAAGGUCAAUGAACUUUGGCCGUGUUGGGCGUAUAUGUUAAAUUACCAUCCUAACUCUGAAAGUUUAUGGAUCUAGUUCAUAAAACUUGGACAUAAGAGUAAUCAAGUAUCACUGAACAUCCUGUACGAGUUUCAGGUCACAUGACCAUGGUCAAAGGUCAUUAAAGGUCAAUGAACUUUGGCCGUGUUGGGGGUAUUUGUUGAAUUACCAUCCUAACUCUGAAAGUUUAUGGAUCUAGUUCAUAAAACUUGGGAUAUAAGAGUAAUCAAGCAUCACUGAACAUCCCCUGUGAGUUUCAGGUCACAAAACCAAGUCAAAGGUCAGUUAAGGUCAAUACACUUAGGCCAUGUUGGGGUAAUUGUUGAAGUGCCAUCAUAACUUUGAAAGUUUAUGGAUAGAGUGAAUGAAAUGUGGACAUGGGUGUAGUUGACAAGUCUUAAGUCACCGUUCAAAUGUCAUCUAUGGUCAAUGAACGUGGUAUUAUAUCAUUAUAUGAAUGGUGUUUUUGUGAAUGAUUAUUUUAUAGUAGUUUUCAAAGUUAGCACUGCUGCUAUGUUAAAUUGCGUAAUGCAGGCGAGACUGCCAGAGGCGUU